AUGACCGCAAAGAAAGACUCCUGGCUCAAGAGAGCAAACUUAACCGUUUCUAAGGUUUUGUUCCAUCUGUUCUUUUGGGGUGUACAUAUCGGCAUUUUUGCUGUAGGAUGGUAUUUGCAGGCAUCAAACCAAAAGCUCGCGGGCCUAAAUGUGCUCAGCUACUCAGUCUGGAUAUCACGAGGCGCGGGACUUGUGCUUUCAGUCGACUGCACUUUGAUCCUUUUGCCUAUGUGUCGGAAUAUCCUCCGAUGGCUGAGACCGCAGGUUAGAUGGUUACCCCUCGAUGAGUCGGCGUGGUUCCAUCGCCAAAUAGCCUAUGCAAUACUGGUGUUCACAGCUAUCCACACCGCUGCUCACUACGUUAAUUUCUAUAACAUCGAGAAAGAGCAGAUCCGCCCAGAACUGGCUGUCACAAUUCAUUUCGCCCGCGCAGGUGGUGUCACUGGGCAUGUCAUGCUCUUGUGCAUGAUGCUCAUGUAUACCACCGCGCAUCAUCGCAUUCGCCAGCAAGCAUAUGAGACCUUCUGGUAUGCGCAUCAUCUUUUUAUCCCGUUCAUGAUGGCCCUCUAUACACAUGCCACAGGAUGCUUUGUGCGCGAUACAGUCGACCCUUUUUCUCCUUUCGCAGGAAAACAAUUCUGGGACCACUGUCUUGGCUAUGAAGGUUGGAGAUGGGAGCUGGUGAUCGGAGCAGUGUAUCUCUUCGAGCGACUCUACAGGGAGAUUCGCGCUCGGCGUGUCACGGUGAUCACAAAGGUCAUCCGUCAUCCCUAUGCCGCCAUGGAGAUACAGUUCCACAAGCCAAGCAUGAAGUACAAAGCCGGUCAAUGGCUCUUCCUCCAAGUCCCUGAUGUUUCCAGUACUCAAUGGCAUCCAUUUACUAUCACAUCCUGUCCCUUCGAUCCUUAUCUCAGCGUUCACGUUCGUCAAGUUGGGGAUUUUACCCGAGCACUUGGAGAUGCACUCGGCUGUGGUCCCGCCCAAGCCAAAGACCUCGAAGGCCUCGACCCUAACGGUAUGUACGAGGUUGCAUUGCAAAACGGACAGACGAUGCCUGCGAUCCGCGUGGACGGGCCGUAUGGUGCACCCGCAGAAGAUGUAUUUGAAAACGAAAUCGCUGUUCUCAUCGGCACUGGUAUCGGUGUCACACCCUGGGCAUCCAUCCUCAAGAAUAUCUGGCAUCUCCGUUCAAGUCCGAACCCUCCUCGCCGAUUGCGACGUGUCGAGUUUAUCUGGGUCUGCAAGGAUACCUCUUCUUUUGAGUGGUUCCAAGCCCUACUGUCCUCUCUCGAAGCGCAAUCUGCAAAUGCCGCUGUCCAUGAGGGAAACACCGAGUUCUUACGCAUCCACACCUACCUCACACAGCGGUUGGAUGCUGAUACCGCGGCAAACAUCUACCUCAACUCCGUCGGUCAGGCACUUGAUCCUCUCACCGAACUGAAGAGUCGGACGAACUUUGGUCGCCCAGAUUUCAAGCGCCUUUUCACAGCUAUGCGUAUUGGCUUGCUGAACCAGUCUUACAUGACGGGCUUGCAAAAUUCUUCCACCACCGAGAUUGGUGUGUACUUCUGUGGACCUAAUACUGCCGCGAUGCAAAUAAGCGAUGCGGCCAAGUCUUCGUCCACCAAAGACGUUCGCUUCAAGUUCUGGAAGGAACACUUCUAG